GAGGAGCACCCCGCUCUGGACAUGGGGGGCUACGAAGACUACCUGCGGGAGCAGGUGGGCGACCGCUGGUUCCGCUACAACCCGCGUCUCACCUGCAUCUACUGCUGCAAGUCCUUCAACCAGAAGGGCAGCCUGGACCGCCACAUGCGGCUCCACAUGGGCAUCACGCCCUUCGUCUGCCGCAUCUGUGGCAAGAAGUACACCCGCAAGGACCAGCUGGAGUACCACAUCCGCAAGCACACCGGCAACAAGCCCUUCCACUGCCACGUCUGCGGCAAGAGCUUCCCCUUCCAGGCCAUCCUGAACCAGCACUUCCGUAAGAACCACCCGGGCUGCGCCCCGCAGGAGGCCCAGAGCGCGUCCCCCGAGACCACCACUGCCUCUGUCACGUCCCGGGGGGGCCCCAGCGACGACGCCUCUCCCAGCCAGGACGAGCCUGAAGGCAGCGGGGGUGGGGGCCCCUACGGUGAGGGGCCCCAGGCGUCUGUCUCCACCACGGGGCCUGACUGACCUCAAGGGGCCCGACUGGCCCUGAGGGGCCCCAGGCGUCUGUCUCCACCACGGGCCAGACUGACCUCAAUGGACCUGACUCAAGGGUCCCGACUUAACUCAAGGGGCCCAACUGGCCCCGAGGGGCCCGACUGGCUCAAACGGGGCCUCUCGGGGCCCAACUGAACUCAAGGGGCCCAACUGGCCCCGACGGGCCCAACUGGCUCCAACGGGGCCUCUCUGGGCCCGACUGACCUCAAGGGCCCGACUGGCCCAUUGGGGCCGCCAAACGUCUCGGGGCACGACUGACUCCGAUGGGGCCCCUCGGGGCCCCGCUGACCUCAAGGGCCCGACUGAUAUUUCUGGGCUUUAAACCACAUCUACCUUCUACAGAUUAAGCUGAAAUGAAGAACCACACACACCUCCGGACGUUAUGUUACAGGUUACCAGAUGUUAGGGGGGCCACAUGGAGACCCAGCCCUGGACAGGUUUGUCCCUGGGGGGCCACAUGGAGACCCAGCCCUGGACAGGUUUGUCCCUGGGGGGCCACAUGGAGACCCAGCCCUGGACAGGUUUGUCCCUGGGGGGCCACAUGGAGACCCAGUCCUGGACAGGUUUUAGGACACGUUGCCAAACUCCUCAGUGCCAGUUUCAAACUUUAAAAGCUUCGAGACAAUCCAGAGCGGCUCGGUUCUAAUAAUAAUAGUAAUAAUAAUAAUAAUUAAUAU